AUGAAAGCUGGGGGAUCGGUAAAUGACUAUUUUGGAAGAACCCUCAUCACAGCCAAUAAGAUGAGAAUUCAUGGCGAAAGGAUGGAGGAUGUGGUGAUCAUCAAGAAGAUCUUGAGAUCCAUGACUCCAAAGUACGAUUAUGUUGUAUGCUCAAUCGAGGAAUCAAAUGAUUUGGAUACUUUAUCCAUAGAUGACCUUCAAAGCAGUCUUUUAGUGCAUGAACAACAGAUCAGCAGUCACAAUGUGGAUGAACAAGCCCUUCAGAUCACUCACGGACUUCAACUAGGAGGAAAAGGUGGUGGUAUAGGUUCUUACUGA